UCAAUUCUCCAUUAUUCACCUAAACAUACAAAAUGUUCAGCAAAAUAGUAGUGUUCGGUGCCAUCUUUGCGGCAGCCAACGCCGGUCUCCAUGGACUUGGCCACGCUGUCUCCUCCCAAAGCAUCAUCCGUCACGAUGAGGGUCACUAUGCAGCUCCCCAUGCUGCCCCCGUACUAGCCUACGCUGGCCCAGUUGGUCACUACGGUGGUCAUCACGAAUACGCCCACCCCAAAUAUGACUUCGCGUACUCAGUGGCCGACCCCCACACCGGCGACCACAAGUCGCAGCACGAGAGCCGCGACGGCGACGCCGUGCACGGCUACUACUCGCUGCUGCAGCCGGACGGCUCCGUGCGCAAGGUCGAAUACACCGCCGACGACCACAACGGUUUCAACGCUGUAGUACAUAACUCUGCUCCAUUCGUGCAUCCUGCGCCCGCGCCGGCCUACUAUGAAAUUAGUGAGAUUGGUCUAAAAGAUGAGCUUAAAUUAGGAUCUCUGCCUGGUUUUGAGUCUGACUCCCUCGCUCUUUUAUUCGCCCCUCCUGAGUUAGAUUCUUCGUUAUUAUUCAUGUUGGAGUGUCGAGAUUCGCCGGACAUACUCUCGUCCUCAGGCAAGGGCGGAUCCAGCAUUGUUCAACUUUAUACGCCCGAGCGACGCCGUCGACUCCGCACGCGCAGACACUGCCGCGAACGCGCUCUUUCGAAUACUAUCGGAGCAAUAAAUACACACCCUCGAGACAAUACCGCUCUGAGCGAGCGUUCGAUAUCCAGCAUCAAUGCUCAUCAAUCAGAGACGAAAAGUGUAUCAAACAACAUCAAAAUGUUAAGCAAAAUUGUAGCAUUGGGAGCUCUUCUCACAACGGCUAACGCUGUCUACUACCCAGCUCCUGCGGUAUCUUCACAAGCUAUACUUCGCCACGACGAAGGUCUGGCGCUGGGACACAUCGCUGCUCCCGCGCACUACGCCGUUCCUCUAGUACAGGCUGCCCCUCUGGCACAUUAUGCCGCCCCGGCUCUAUACGGGGGUUAUGACGUCCAUGGUGACGGUCAUGAUGAAUAUGCUUACCCCAAAUACGACUUCGCGUACUCAGUAGACGACCCACACACCGGUGACCACAAAGCACAGCAUGAGAGCCGCGAUGGAGACACUGUUCAUGGAUUCUACUCGCUUCUCCAACCCGAUGGCUCCAUCAGAAAAGUUGAAUACACUGCUGAUGAUCAUAGCGGAUUCAAUGCAGUAGUCCACAAUUCGGCACCUUCUAUUCACCCGCAACCGAUCUACGAUGCCCACUACUAG